GACACUGAGAUCUGUAAAAGCUACAACACUGAAAGUUUACCUCCUUCACAUUUCAGUGAGUUUCCCAACAAUACAUCAGUGAUGGAGCAGUGUCUGUUCAUACUCCUGUUUUUCACAGGAGUCAUCUCUCUCGUCCUGUCUGUUCCUCGUAAGUACUUUCUGAUCCAGCAGGGGAAAACAUGGAGUGAUGCUCAGGCUUACUGCAGAGUCACAUACACCGAUCUGGCUAUUAUCGAAAGUACUGAGAACAUGGUUGAACUUCAGUAUGAAGCACAGAGACAACAAUUCAGUUCCAGUGCAUGGCUUGGAAUGUACAAUGACAUUAACAGCUGGCGCUGGUCCUUUGGAAAUGAGCCACUGACAACCGGGAUGACGUGGCUUGCAGGACGGCCUAAUAACAAUGGCGGACAUCAAGAGUGUGGUGCAACAAGUACGUGGGGUUGGUUUGAUAACCCAUGUAAUAGCACAAGGCCCUUUGUGUGCUUUGAUGACACUAAAACUGGAAAUAAAGUGUACAUUUACAUCUCUAACAAAACGACUUGGUAUGAUGCUCAGGCUUACUGCAGAACGCAUCAUGUGGAUCUGGCCAGUUCUAGAAAUGCAACAGAAAACUCAAAUAUACAGAGUGCGAUCGCUGUCUACACUUGGACUUGGUUUGGUCUGUUCAGAGACUCCUGGAAGUGGACAGAUCAAACCAACGUCUCUACCAUCCGCUGGAUGCCUGGAAAACCUGAUAAUCAACUGGGAAAUGAAAACUGUGGUUAUGUAAAUAACAAUGAGGUUGCUGAUGCACAAUGUUCAGACAUAAUGCCUUUCUUCUGUUAUUCAGGAAUGACAAUACAAAAAAUCAUGAGGGUUAAGGUCCGGUCCAGUCAGGAUGUGAACGAUCUUGCAGUACAGGUGGCCAUCUUGGAGCAGAUCAAGCAAAAACUGAAAGAUCAUGGGAUAGCAGAGAACAUCACAGUGAAAUGGAGAGAGCAACCAGAUGGAUCUGUGUUUCACAAGGAAUAAGAAAAUAAUGCUGCAGAAAAUGAAGAACUUUAAGUCUUUAGCUGUUUCUUAAAUCGUGUAACUCUGUAGUGCUCUAGAGUGACUAAUGUGUUCACUCUGGGAAGUUUAAUACGAUGUAGUUCACUAUUAAAUGGAGGGUGAAGGGAAAAAAUUGUUUAAACUAUUUCACUACUCAUAAUUCUAACAUAAUAUAAAUUUUGUCUCUUUACACGAAGUGUCUCUUUACACUAAAUGUAGUCAGCUGAGAUGUUUCUGGGUGUUUAUUUCUUUAGUUUAACAGAUAGCAUGCUAAUGAAGCUAACAUUUAAUUAAAGUCUAUUUUACGUCAAAUGUUUUGUGUAAUUGUAGACCUAAAUCUUUAUAUACUCACUUCAGAUAAUAUUUCUUAGAUCCAUAAUAGUCUAUGGCUCAUAUAUAGAAGCUCUUAUUUCUUUCCUUUUCAUAAGCAUUAACUAACCAUUAUGCUCCUGAUGAAGUAGAAUCCAUAGACUAUGUGAUGUGAGAAUAAGUGAAUAAUGUGCAGGAUAUUUCCCCCUGCUGAGUCUGUCCUGCUUCCUCCUGAGCUCCUUCUGCAGGAGCUCCACUGUGUUCCUCGUUUCACUCACUGGGCUCUGUUUCAGAUCUGUAAAACUGUUCGGAAACAAUAUGUACUGUAAAAAGCUCUAUAACAAUAUUCUAUUUACAGCUCCUAUAUUCAUCAUGACACACCUGCCCAUGAAAUCACACAUUUAAUUAACACCACACUGCUCACUAAAUAAUAACAGUCUACUACAUUUUCCUGUAUAUUAGUUACACUAUGAAACUUUUAGUUGAUAUUAUCAGUAGAAACCUGGUUGGCCUAAAUGUGUGAGUCAAGAGCUGAAAGCUUUAGUGAUUACUUCUUCAUUUUACUGGUUUCAGGAUGGGACUGAUACAGAAAAUGUCCAUAUUGCCACCUGUAAUCCUCUGAUUCUGCAUUGUAUUUAACUGUACACCAAUGCAAAAAGUAAUUUCUUCUUCUUCAUUUAUUAUCAUUAGAUUAUAAUCUUUAUACAGAAUUGAAAUAAAGAGAGACAAAGAAAUAUAA